UACAGUUAAUCAAACAAAUAUGGCGACCACCACCUCCGUAGCAAUUUCAUUCCUCCUCCUCCCCCUCGCCUUCCUCACCCUCCUAACCCCUCUCAAAGCCGCCACCUUCACCAUCGUCAACCAAUGCUCGUACACUGUCUGGGCCGCCGCUGUCCCCUCCGGCGGUGGCAUCCAGCUCAACAACGGCCAAACAUGGACCAUCAACGUCCCAGCCGGGACCACCGGCGGCCGCGUGUGGGCCCGCACCGGCUGCUCCUUUGACGCCUCCGGAAACGGCAAUUGCCAAACCGGCGACUGCGGAGGCAAACUUGCCUGCACCUCCUACGGCACGCCGCCGAACACCCUGGCCGAGUUCGCCCUCAACCAGUUCUCCAAUCUCGACUUUUUCGACAUCUCCAACGUCGACGGGUUUAACGUGGGGCUUGAUUUCAGCCCAGAGACGCCAAGUGGGUCUUGCCACGGAAUCAAAUGCGCGGCGGAUAUCGUUGGACAGUGCCCGGCGGCGCUGCAGGCUCCCGGAGGAUGCAAUAAUCCGUGCACGGUGUUUAAGACAGAUGAGUAUUGCUGCAACUCCGGCAGCUGUCAGGCGACCGACUACUCGAGGUUCUUCAAGAACCUUUGCCCGGACGCCUACAGCUAUCCCAAGGACGAUCAAACGAGCACCUUCACUUGCCCCGCCGGCACCAACUACAGAGUCACCUUCUGCCCCUAAGGCCUCGCACGCAAAUCUUCUCCAUUCAAAAACAUAAGCAAUAUAUAUAAGCAAUGGUGUCCAUGUUUGAUUUGUUGGCUAUCAUUGUCUACUAUGAUAGCUUAAACAUUCAUACUUUAUUUUAUGUAAUAAGGACACUUUGAAUAUUUUAUAUUUUAAAUAUUUUAAAAAGUA